AAAUGGAAAUGGAGCUGUUAUUCUUAACCCCUGGCAUUGUCAGUGUGAUUGAGAUUGCUCCGCUUGUGGUGUCACAUAACUGGCUGACAACUUGAAAGCAAAAAAGCACUCGUUAACCCCCUGAGCAUCAAGAAAUCAGGAAAAUGGACGCCAACGACUUUGUGGAGAUCGACGGCUCCUACUUGGAGGGCGGCGGACAGGCGCUGCGCAACGCCCUCAGCCUCAGCUGCAUUUUGGGCAAGCCGGUGCGCGUGGUGAAAAUCCGGGCCAACCGGCCGAAUCCGGGGCUCUCGCACCAGCAUCUGCACGGGUUGGACCUCCUCCGGGACAUCACCAAUGCGGACGUGGUGGGAAACGUCUUGCUUUCCACCAAAGUGGAGUUCACGCCGCGCACCAUCUUGGACAACACUUAUCGCGUGGAUACGCGCACGGCGGCCAGCAUCACUCUGAUCUAUCAGAUGGCUCUACCAGUGCUGCUCUUUGCCGGCCGCUCGUCCCGCCUGAUUGUGUCCGGGGGCACAAAUGUGGCUUUUGCUCCCCCGGUGGAGUACAUGCAGCAGGUGCUGCUGCCCAACCUAAAACGCUUUGGAGCUGGCUUCGAACUGAAGGUGCAGCAGUACGGCUUCUAUCCACGCGGUAAGGGCACCUGCCAGUUGGACGUGCAGCCCGUGGCCAAGCUGAAUGCCGGACAAUUCAUGGAUUUCGGCCGCAUCAACUUGGUCAGCGGAGUGGGCUUCUGCGCCGGCCGCCUGCCCGUGAAUAUUGCGAUAGACAUGCAGCAGACGGCGCAGCGCGAGAUCCAUCGUCUGUGGCCGGAGCAGGAGUGCACCAUCGAGACGGUGAAGCAUUCGCCUGAGAAGACACGCGACAACGGAGCCGGAAUCCUAAUGACGGCGAACACGACCGGUGGCGUUGUUCUGGGUGCCUCCGCAUUGGGCAAGAAGAGGAUCGACGGACACGUUCUCGGCUCGGAGGCGUCGUGCCAACUGGCCGAGUACAUGCGCAAGGAGAUCUGCGUUGAUGAUUACAUGCAAGACCAGCUCAUCAUCUACAUGGCCCUGGCCGUCGGCCGCUCAAGGAUGCGCACGGGCAGGCUGACCAAGCACACGCGCACCGCCAUCCAUGUGGCCGAGCAAAUGACGGGCGUCAAGUUCGACGUGACGGUGGAGCCCGGGGGCCAGACGCUAGUCACCUGCGAGGGCUUGGGACAACUGAACAAGCUGAUUUAACAAACGAUAGAUCUCUAUCUCUUUACUCUACUGCAACCUUAAAUUAAUGUUUACAUAUAUGGAGAAUAUACGUGUCCUAAAGGCGCCGGAAAAUGGCCAGAAAA